ACCGCCCAUUUGGAAUCUAUUUGGAUGAUUAUUUUGUAAAAAUUUAUAGUUUACUUACAGGAAAAGAUCCAAAUGAUUUUGCUUUCGUUGAAGGUGUCACGCCUUUUUCAACACUUACUGAAGUUGUUAUUAGUGGUAUUACUUAUUUUGCCGUGAUAUUUGGAGGUCGAUUACUUUUAACAAAUAGUCCAGUCAUAAAACUCAAUUUAAUUUUUCAAAUUCAUAAUUUAUUGUUAACCGUAAUAUCAGCCUGUUUAUUAAUACUGUUCAUCGAACAACUAUUUCCAAUCUAUUGGCGUAAUGGUCUUUUUCAUUCUGUAUGUAGCAAAGAUGCAUGGACUCAACGAUUAGAAUUGUUAUAUUAUUUGAAUUAUCUUGUCAAAUAUUGGGAACUUGCAGAUACUAUUUUCUUGGUAUUAAGGAAAAAACCUCUUGAAUUCUUACACGUUUAUCAUCAUAGCAUGACAAUGGCUUUAUGUUUUUCUCAAUUACGCGGUCGAACUACUGUG